AUGGCAAAGACACCGAAUUUCCCUUUCGAUGUUCGAUCCUACGACGUCCACGUCUAUUUCUUCCAGACCGAUCAGGCCCAGCUGCGCCAGGCCAGGGAGCUCCAGGACGAGAUACGCGGCAAAUUCCCCCAAUUCAAGAUCAAGGUGUGGGACAAGCCAAUUGGCCCUCAUGGAAUUGGGAAUUUCGAGGUAAAUCUCAUGAAGCACGAAGAUUUCGUUGAGUUUGUGACCUGGAUCCCUCUCAACCGGCGGAAUUUCUCGGUGUUGAUCCAUCCUAACACCGGAAACCCUCUGCGAGAUCACACGGCGCAUGCGAUGUGGAUCGGCCAGAAGCAGGUACUCAAUCUGAGCGUGCUCACGGAAGACGACGAUGGCUAUGGCUACUUCUCAUAA